AUGGUCCACGCCCCAUAUGGAAUCCUAGCGAAAGUCGCUCUCGCCGCGAGAGGUGGAUGGAGUGACCUUGACCCGGCGCACAGAUGCCCAGGAGUCAGCCACCUGUCGCACGCCACUGGGGAUCAAACUAUACUCUUCAAUAAAAAAAAACUUCAUGUUUUCGCAACACCGACCACCUUAGAGAUGCGAAUCGUGCAAACCCGGUGCACGAUAGCAUCGUCAGCUGAAGUGAGCAGCGUCUGGAAUCGAUCUCGGGCCCGCACGGUACCGGACCACCCGCCUCGGUGCGUAGCGGUCGUUGACCCUGCCGCGUCUGCGUCCAGGUCCCAGCGCCCUGCUGACUCGACUGGCCCGCGGAGCCUAAGGACACGAGGCCGCCUCGUGGAAGAUUCGCCAUACGACUGCCCCGCCGCCGAGAGCUGGUCAAAUUCCUCGCGCACUGUCGUUCGUGCCUUUUUGGACAACGAGGGAACAGCAGCUGGUGGCUGGCACCAACAAAAUCAU